AGAUCAAGCAUGGCAGCCUUGCCACCUCGCAAAAAUGCAACCCCAACAAAAAUAAUGAAAACUAACCUCUCCCCGUUGCAAAUUCUUUUGCAAAUGGGGUUUCCCAAAAAUAGAGCCGAAAAGGCUCUAGCAGCUACAGGCAAUCGUGGUGUUCAGUUAGCCUCUGACUGGUUGCUGGCCCACGUGAAUGAUUCCCUGCUUGAUGACAUCAACCCCAGAGAGUACAUCCUGUAUCUGUGCCCAACUGGUCCACUCUUGGAAGAGCUCGAGGCUUUCUGGGAAAAAUCGCUCCUCGAGUGUGGCUGGAACGGAGCCCACAAUUUCAUGCCACACAUUACUCUAGUUUCGUUCUUUAAGGUUCACGAUGAAAGUGCGCCUGAGGUAGUUCAAAUCCUCAGAGACUUGGUUGCUCAACAUCCUAUGCUCCAAAUUGGCAAUAAAAUGAAGCUCGAGUCCUACACAUCACAAAACUUCAUGGGCUUUUUUGUUGCUGAGGAAGCAGCCAAUAAGUUGAAGCGACUGGCUAUGCAAUUUGUCCAAGAAGUUUCCAGUACAGCUGUGUUUGUGGAGCCACACGUCAAGUCCCUUCACUUAACACUUGCAUACCAAUUUCAAUCAACUCAAUUUAACGGGCUUCAAGAGUUAGUAGAAGACCUGACGCCCACUUUGCCAGCCUGUUGGGAACUUCGACUCUAUUCUAGAGACCCCAGAAUUGCUGGUCACCAGGUACACAAAGUUCUCUAUUCACAUAUACCCAGAGAACCGGAUGAAUUGGAAUUACGGAUAGGUGACUACAUUUACUUGAGUAGUGAAAAUAUAGCAACAACAACUGACGGUUGGGUCGAAGGUGUUUCUUGGCUGACAGGUUGCAGUGGGUUCUUGCCAUUGAACUACACGGAGAGAACAGCUGAAUCGGAUGCUUGGACGUUACACAGGUCUAUAGCAUUGUACGACUCUAAGGAGUUGGUUGAUUCUGAGAUGGACAUUUCUAUGCCUAAAAGACUGAACCCUAAGAACAAUGAUACUUCGCUCAAUGAAUUAAACGAAUUAGACAAGAGAAUCGAAGCACUCAAACUAGAGAAAAAUUUAUAUGAAAAUGUAGACGUUAAUGGCAAGCCAGCUGCAGUUAACAACAACACGGAGAAUGGAUGUCCAUUGGAUACAGGUCCCCGACAGAUAUAUAUUUCUAGACAUGGGGAGAGAGUAGACUUCACAUUUGGUACCUGGAUUCCUUAUUGCUUUGACGACGAUGGCUGCUACCUGAGGAAGGACUUGAAUAUGCCUCUGAGUGUUCCUAAAAGACAAGGUGGACCUCAAAGCUUUUCCAAAGACUGUCCUCUGACUAGAGUGGGCGAACUGCAAGCUGCAUUAGUUGGUGAAGCCAUGAAAGAGGCAAAUGUUGAGAUUCACCAUGUCUUUUGCUCGCCUUCCCUCCGGUGUAUUCAGACUUGCACAGGAAUUCUAGAUGGACUAGGAAAAACAUCUUUAAAAAUCAACGUCGAACCUGGCCUAUUUGAGUGGCUUGGUUGGUACCCCGAGACAAUGCCCGAAUGGCUUACCUACAAAGAACUGACGGAAGCAGGCUUCCGUAUCAACCCAAACUACAAACCCAUUGUUUCUUUUGAAGAGCUCUCAGAGAAUAGAGAGAGUUGUGAGCAAUUUUACAUCAGAAGUUUCUACCUUACUCAAAAUGUGAUCAAGAACACAGCAGAUAUGGGUGGCAAUGUGCUUCUUGUUGGCCAUGCAGCAACUUUGGAUACAUGCACAAGACAAAUCUUAGGAGGCUCCCCACUGACAAGUCAGGAAAUGAGAGGACUAAUACAGAAAAUCCCAUACUGUAGCACAGCUCUAUUGGAGCAAGAGGACGACAACCAAUGGCGACUGAAAGACACACCAUUCCCCCCAGUCACACAUUCAAGUAACAUAAGAUUUGACUGGCGAAUAAUGCAGAGCAAAUAGUUAAAAAAUGAAAACCCUGUUUUAAGGGCAACCAAAUAUAGAUACCACAGAACCAAACCAAACAGAAUGAAUCGGGUAACGAAAGGCUAGCCUUUUAGAUAAUUGUAGCUUUUUUUCUCUUAUGAUGUUUCUGUUACUUAAAAAGUAUUGCAGAGCUAUACUUGAAUUAUUUUAUUUAUCCGCUUAUAUCGUAAUUAUUAUAUCAACUAUUACAUAAUUGUUAAAAUAAAAAUAAUAAAAAUCAACUAUUUAAUGUUCAAAAAAAU